AGAAUAGGUUUGGGGAAAGCGCUCUGUCCCCUGGAGUUUCCGGGUAGCUGCGUCUGUCCCCAGUGGGUCUUCUCAGGCAGAGUUAAGCAGCUGACCUCGGGGUGUGGUGAGCAGGAAUUGUGUGGCCUUGGCCAGACCACAGUCAUACCUUCUGCCUGUUCCCCCAGAUGACUCUGGGGGACUGGUCAGCCUGCGGUGUUCUUGGGGUUUGAUGGCACUGUUGAAACCCUUAGAGUCUCUGAGAGUGACAGCUUGGAAUGGGAAGUCCCAGACUGGCUUUAGGACCGAGAGACAACAGGCUUGGGUGGGCAGGAAGUGGGCUCUGACUGAUUUACCUGCCCACCCUUUCCUGGCACUUGAGGCUGCUGACUGCAGUCAGACAGGACCCAGAGGAGGGACUCGGCUCAGGGCAACUCUGUCAUGGGUUUGUCUUGAACUUGAACCACAGUUUCCUGUUCCCUCAGAGGGGUUAGAGGUUUUAGGGAUAUUUGGAUCAGAGUUCACUCAAGAUAGUUCUCUUGACUUCUCUCAAUCCUGGGGCCACCUGGAAAGUCCCUGAGAAAGUUCUGGAAGACUUCACAGAGAUGGGAUUGAGCACACUCUCAGUGCUGGGGCCGGCAGCUUUUGUUCCUCUUGUCUCUUCCCUAAGCACUGGAGAAAGCACCUACAGCGUUGUCCCCUUGUUUUCUUCUGGGGAAUCCCUGCCCUGCUACCUGUCUGGGUCUCCCCUGGAGACCUGUCAGUCUGUGGAGGUCUUAACUUUGCCUGGCUCUCUCUCUGCUGCAGCUCUGUCUCUCUUGUUGGGCUCCAGGCCGUCUCUGAUAAGUGCCUGUCUUCAUGAAUGGUGUACGCGAUAAAUGUUGAGUGGCUCCCUUUGCCUCUGCAUGUUUGGGUCCCUUCUGUCUCUCAUAGGCUCUUGCUCUCUCCUGGGGAGUGGAUAUGUGUUCUUGCCUUUGCCUCUUGGUAUAGGUCUCCCACCCAUCUCUGUGUUGAACAUGUGUGCCUGUCUGUCUCUGUCUGUUUGGUAAUUGUCCCAAUCUAUCUCUUGCCACUUGGGGAUAUGGCCUUAUCUUAUACCUCCCUGUCUGUUUACUGAAUGUGUGUAUGCUAUGUACGUAUACACAUUGUAAGUAUGUCUUCCGGCCCCUGCCUGAUGGGUGUCUGUCCUUGUCUGUUGCCUUUCUCUGCCUACUGAGGACCUUGUCAGAUCCCUACUGUUUCUAGGACCUAUCUGCUCAGCCCCUGGGCUGGUUUGGGGCUUUCUCUUUGUAGGGGAGAUGAAGGAGAGGGCCAGAGGGCAGACCUCAGGCACCGGGGAGGGGGGCAGAGAGAAGAAGGGAACAGAGUGAGGGUGGAAGUCUGGAACUGGGAAACCACAGGCCCUGUGUGAUUGGCUGUCUUGGGCCUGGCCCAGCCCCCGCGCCCUCACCCUGCACAUCCGCCUUGGGCCCAGCCACCUCCUCAGCAGCCCCAGUGGGUUGUUGCCUACCCUUGCCAUGGUGCCGUGGCCCUGCUGGGCGGAUGGAGCAGGACCCCAAGCUGCCCCGCCUGCGGCUCAGGGCCCUGCUCCCCUGGCUGCUCAGGAAGCAACGGUCCAGGAUCGGCCAGACUCUGCCUGGCCCUGGCCCUGGCUCUGGUCCCCAGCAGGACUCGGAUGAGGGUGUCCUCAAGGAGAUCUCCAUCACACACCACGUCAAGGCUGGCUCCGAGAAGGCUGAUCCAUCCCAGUUUGAGCUCCUUAAGGUUCUGGGCCAGGGAUCCUUUGGCAAAGUCUUCCUGGUGCGCAAGGUCACCCGGCCUGACAGUGGGCACUUGUAUGCCAUGAAAGUGUUAAAGAAGGCAACGUUGAAAGUGCGUGACCGUGUUCGGACCAAGAUGGAAAGAGACAUCCUGGCUGAUGUGAACCACCCGUUCGUGGUGAAGCUGCACUAUGCCUUCCAGACAGAAGGCAAACUCUAUCUCAUUCUGGACUUCCUGCGUGGCGGUGACCUGUUCACACGACUGUCAAAGGAGGUUAUGUUUACAGAGGAGGAUGUCAAGUUUUACCUGGCUGAACUGGCGCUGGGCCUGGACCACCUGCACAGCUUGGGCAUCAUUUACAGAGACCUCAAGCCUGAGAACAUCCUUUUGGAUGAAGAGGGCCACAUCAAACUCACUGACUUUGGCCUGAGCAAGGAGGCCAUUGACCACGAGAAGAAGGCCUAUUCAUUCUGCGGGACAGUGGAGUACAUGGCCCCCGAGGUUGUCAACCGCCAGGGCCACACCCACAGCGCAGAUUGGUGGUCCUAUGGGGUGUUAAUGUUUGAGAUGCUGACAGGCUCCCUGCCCUUCCAGGGGAAGGACCGGAAAGAGACCAUGACCUUGAUUUUGAAGGCGAAGCUAGGCAUGCCCCAGUUUCUGAGCACGGAAGCCCAGAGCCUCUUGCGAGCCCUUUUUAAGAGGAAUCCUGCCAAUCGGCUUGGCUCGGGUCCUGACGGGGCAGAGGAAAUUAAGAGGCAUGUCUUCUACUCCUCCAUUGACUGGAAUAAGCUCUACCGUCGUGAGAUCAAGCCGCCUUUCAAGCCAGCUGUGGCCCAGCCCGAUGACACCUUCUACUUUGACACUGAGUUUACGUCCCGCACACCCAGGGACUCUCCAGGCAUUCCUCCCAGUGCUGGUGCCCACCAAUUGUUCCGUGGCUUCAGCUUCGUGGCCACUGGCCUGAUGGAGGAUGACGGCAAGCCCCGGGCCACUCAGGCUCCCCUGCACUCGGUUGUACAGCAACUCCAUGGCAAGAACUUAGUUUUCAGUGAUGGCUACGUGGUGAAAGAGACCAUCGGCGUGGGCUCCUAUUCCGUGUGUAAGCGAUGUGUUCACAAGGCCACCAACAUGGAGUACGCUGUCAAGGUUAUUGACAAGAGCAAACGAGAUCCCUCAGAGGAGAUUGAGAUUCUACUGCGGUAUGGACAGCACCCCAACAUCAUCACCCUGAAAGAUGUGUAUGAUGAUGGCAAACACGUGUACCUGGUGACGGAGCUGAUGAGGGGCGGGGAACUCCUGGAUAAGAUCCUGCGACAGAAGUUCUUCUCCGAGCGGGAGGCCAGCUUCGUCCUGCAUACCAUCAGCAAGACCGUGGAGUAUUUGCAUUCCCAGGGGGUCGUCCAUAGGGACCUCAAGCCCAGUAACAUCCUGUAUGUGGAUGAGUCCGGGAACCCCGAGUGCCUGCGCAUCUGUGACUUUGGCUUUGCCAAGCAGCUGCGGGCUGAGAACGGACUUCUCAUGACGCCUUGCUACACAGCCAACUUUGUGGCACCUGAGGUGCUGAAACGUCAGGGCUAUGAUGAAGGCUGUGACAUUUGGAGCCUGGGCGUUCUGCUGUACACCAUGCUGGCAGGAUACACUCCAUUUGCCAAUGGGCCCAGCGACACCCCAGAGGAGAUCCUCACCCGGAUCGGCAGCGGGAAGUUUACCCUCAGUGGGGGAAACUGGAACACGGUCUCAGAGACAGCCAAGGACUUGGUAUCUAAGAUGCUGCAUGUGGACCCCCACCAGCGCCUCACAGCCAAGCAGGUCCUGCAACACCCGUGGAUCACCCAGAAAGACAAGCUUCCCCAGAGCCAGUUGUCCCACCAAGACCUGCAGCUUGUGAAGGGAGCCAUGGCAGCUACCUACUCUGCGCUCAAUAGCACCAAACCCACUCCCCAGCUGAAGCCGAUUGAGUCAUCUAUCCUGGCCCAGCGGCGGGUGAGGAAGCUGCCGUCCACCACCCUGUGAACCACACUGCAGACAAACUCCUUGGAGGCAGAGUCCUUCUCAGAGGGAACGGGCCUGAGUCGCAGGACCAAGUGAAGUGGAGUCCUAAGGGCCCGGGAAGUAGCCAGCCCAGAUCACCCGAGUGACUGUGUGAAGUGCCUUCCUCCCUAGCAUGGACUCCUCUGGGCUCAGGCUCCGUGUGUGAAAUCCACACUGUACAACUGUACAAACUGUACAAACUGUUUUCUAAGGGAGAAAAAAAAAUGACAUCAUCUACCAUGGAUUUUUACAAGAUCCAUUUGCCUUUCUGGUCAUUGCAGUCCCAGGAGGAGACAGAAUCACAUAGAAACCGUGAUCAGCUUUGGGGGUGUCCCCUAAGCACCCCUCUGUUGGCCGUGGAGCCAUCUGCACACACCUCCAGGCAGCCCAGUGUUGCCUCUUAGAGUCGCCCACUGGCUAGUCAGCAGAAACUGGUCCCCACCUCUCCGUUCUGUUCUGGAGUUCUAGAACCACUUUCCGCGAGGACGCCGCCCUAUCAGCUCCAGGCACCAGCAUCCGCAUUGCCCUUCCACGGUGGCCCCUGCAGUCGGGUCGGACAGCCCCGUGGAGAGGAGGCAGAGAGCACUUUUUGGGCAGACUUCCUCCUGUCUGCCUCUGGACAGAGUUCACAGGAGACCAGGGAGUGGGCCACGGGGGACGAGGGCUUUUUCAUUUUCUCAGCUGGUAACUCAGGGUUCAUCUGUCCAAGGCCUUUCUAAUAAACUUAAAUCCAGUCGAA